GCAGCUCCGGCAGUCCCAGCCCAGAGGCGCCUGCUCGCCCUGCUGGACGAGCAGCAGGUCAACGUGCUGCUGUACGACAUGAACGGCUGCUACUCGCGCCUCAAGGAGCUGGUGCCCACCCUGCCCCAGAACCGCAAGGUGAGCAGGGUGGAGAUCCUCCAGCACGUCAUCGACUACAUCUGGGACCUGCAGCUAGAACUGAACUCGGAAUCUCAAGUCGGGACCCCCGGGGCCCGGGGGCUGCCCGCUCGGGCUCCGCUCAGCACCCUCAACGGCGAGAUCAGCGCCCUGGCUGCCGAGGCGGCGUGUGUCCCGGCGGACGACCGCAUCUUGUGUCGCUGAAGCGCGUGCUCCAGACCCCGCCGACCCCGGCCCUCCAGGGGCGAGAGGAACGAGUGCUCUCUGGCCCUCCCGAGCGCCUGCCGCAGCUGGGGAGGAACAGGACAGACCAGCGGCCUUCGGGCGCCUGUGGAUCCAGCCCCGGGCUGGGGGACUGACGGGACAGGCCGACCUUCCCUCCACACCUAUCAGCCACCAGAGACUUGGGGGAGUUUCCCCCCCGUGUGUUUCUAUUUUUUGAAAAGCAGACAUUUUAAAAAAUGGUCACGUUUGGUGCUUCUCAGAUUUCUGAGGAAAUUAUUGCUUUGUAUUGUAUAUUACAAUGAUCACCGACUGAGAAUAUUGUUUUACAAUAGUUCUGUGGGGUUGUUUUUUUUUUUUCUGUUGUUAUUAAACAAAUACUUUAGAUGAUGGUAAA